CCGGCCCAGCACGAGGGGAGGCUCUGGACUCGGCCCCAGCCCGCCGCCUCUGGGGAGCUCUCCAAACGCUUCCUAGGACGCCCAGGCGGCAGCCUCGGGUCUCCCGGAACCAUGGUGAAGUUGGGGAACAAUUUCGCCGACAAGGGCAGCAAGCAGCCGCUGCCUGAGGAUGGCUUCGACACCAUUCCCCUGAUGACGCCCCUGGACGUCAAUCAGCUGCAGUUCCCGCCCCCGGAUAAGGUGGUCGUGAAAACCAAGACCGAGUAUGAACCCGACCGCAAGAAGGGGAAGGCGCGUCCUCCCAAGAUCGCCGAGUUCACCGUCAGCAUCACGGAGGGAAUCACCGAGAGGUUUAAGGUGUCUGUGCUGGUCCUCUUUGCCCUGGCCUUCCUCACCUGCGUCGUCUUCCUGGUCGUCUACAAGGUGUACAAGUAUGACCGUGCCUGUCCCGAUGGCUUCGUCCUCAAGAACACGCAGUGUGUCCCGGAGGGCCUGGAGAGCUACUACGCAGAGCAGGACUCCAGCGCCCGGGAGAAGUUCUACACCGUCAUCAACCACUACAACCUGGCCAAGCAGAGCGUCACCCGCUCCGUGUCGCCCUGGAUGUCGGUCCUGUCGGAGGAGAAGCUGUCCGAGCAGGAGACGGAAGCGGCGGAGAAGUCGGCCUAGGCAGCGGGGCGGGCUCCUGACACCGUGUCACCUGCAGGGAACUGAGGGACCGCGAGGGCCAUUUCAUGAAUAGAAUUACUGAUAAUUUAGAGGUUACUCAUUUACGGUGCAAUCGCUUCUGUCGCUAAUGCUGCUUUGCAAAUAAAACUCGCUGCUGACCCCCACGGGCACAGACCAAGCGCAUCUCCGCAGUGCGCAGGCCCUGGCCCUCACGUUGAGGGAUCCCGAGUCAGCCCCUUCAGCGGGUUAUGGCUGUGUCCACUGGACAGGCCAGGGCUGCGGACUUCGGACAGACGAUGCGUCUCAUGAGCAGAUUGUUUGGAGCCACUUGCCAUGAGCAAACCUUACCCCAGCCACACCCGGGGCGGGCACUCGCUCGGUGGGCCACGAGCCAGGCUCCACACUUCCUCCACCGCCUAGCAGCCGUGUUCAGGGGAAGGGGGACAGAGUACCAGGGACCAGCAGCGGGUCACUGUCCGCUCCCCGAGGUUGGGGGCAGGGGUGAGGGGCGACCCUGGGCCUCCCUGUAGGCAAGACACGCCACGGGUCCUCUGCCUGCCCCGGAGGUGGGUGGAUCCGCACGCGCGGCGCUAUCUGGAAGUUUCUAAACACCGGGUGGGGAAGGUGACCCUGUACGGCUGCUCAGCGGCAGCGCUCCUGCAUUUUUCUCCCUGUCAAACGGCUGUACCCCCGAAGUGCGACAUGGCCGGGAAGCCUGGGGUGUGUAUGGGGGUGGGGGUCGGGUGUGGCACCUUGCAGAUACAAUGACAUUUCAAUCCACAACCUUUGUAAGAAAAUCACGUUUCAAUUUGAAUCUUGACAUUAAAAUGUUUACAAAAACCACCAGUUAGAUAAACUAAAUGUGUAAGA